AAUGGCUUUAUCAUCACCACAGGACCUUACGUGAAUGGUACUACGGUGAUGUAUGGCUGUAUGACUGGGUUUAGGAUGUCUGGUACACCGUCACAGCUCUGUAACUCCUCCCUGGAGUGGGAGGGGCUACCCCCUAACUGUACCCAGCCAUCUGAACCGACGGAAACCGUCACCAACAUUGUCCCGUAUUGGGUAUUUCUAGUCGCAGCUUGCCUCAUACUGCUUUGUCUUAUAUUUAUCGUCAUUGUGUCGUGUCUGUAUUGUGUAUUUAAACGGCGGUCGCAUGGAGAAAACCAAGUCAGGUCGUCCCCACUACCGACCAUUGUGACGCCACGCGAGGAAAAGGUCCAUUUUGCCGGGGAUCUAUAUUCAAACGAUGGGGUGCUAUACGUUAAGAGUUAUCAUUCGUCCGGGCCUGAAAGUACGCAAUACAUGAAGGGAAAUACGACGCUUGCCACUGAAGACGGAGGCUGGAUUACAGUGGUGACAGACGAUUUUCUUCCCAAGAAUGGACGCCUACCUUGCACGUGCAGCGCGCACUGGCAAAAACACUAUCAUUUCCGGCGUUUUACAGAGACGAAGGAUAUCUCCACAAUGACCGACGUUAAGAAAAACAAUACAACGCUUGAGUCGGAUGCUACCAGUCCUAGAACGUCGACGGAUUCUGGUGAAAAUAAGUUUAGGAAAAUAGCUGAGAUGGUGGGCACCAAAGCCACCAUAGCCGAGGCGUUAGGAAGAAACACACAACUGGCGGUGAAAUACAAACAACCGGCUAAAAAGUUAGAAAAUAAAUGGCUGCCGCAUUCACAUAACGUGAGAUAUGAAAACCAAAGUACGAAAUGACCGCUGCUCAAUUUUUUUUAAAAUAUAUUUAAUAUCAAAAAGAAACAAUGAAAAUGCACAUGUCUACGGAAGAAGGGCGUGAUAUAACUUCAUGCUACUUCAGUGACAUUGGCCUAUAUUCUAUGCAUGCUGCCACAAUUGUGGUGUUUCUUAUUUGCCUUUAUUUGCCUGUCUCGUCUUUUUGAAUUUAUUUAAUUUGCAUGAUAGAACGCCUUAUAUUCUUGUAGAAAUGCAUGCAUGACAAUCGACACUAAUUGGCUCCAAAUGCCAUUGUUUCAUUGUGUUCACUUUCAUAUGAAUUCCUUCAUUUACUAUGGGUAUUGUAAGAAAUUUCACAUUGCUGGUAAUAGAAGGUGAACAAUUUUAUAAUUAUU